UCUCCUGUGUUUUGCAAUCAUGCCUGAGCCGGCUAAAUCCGCCCCGGCUCCCAAGAAAGGUUCCAAGAAGGCAGUCACCAAGGCGCAAAAGAAAGACGGCAAGAAGCGCAAGCGCAGUCGCAAGGAGAGUUACUCCAUCUACGUGUACAAAGUGUUGAAGCAGGUGCACCCCGACACUGGCAUUUCGUCCAAGGCCAUGGGCAUCAUGAACUCAUUUGUCAAUGACAUCUUCGAACGCAUCGCAGGCGAAGCUUCGCGCCUGGCGCAUUACAACAAGCGCUCUACCAUCACAUCCCGGGAGAUCCAGACGGCCGUGCGCCUGCUGCUGCCGGGGGAGCUGGCUAAACACGCCGUGUCGGAGGGCACCAAGGCGGUCACCAAGUACACCAGCGCCAAGUAGAGGAUGAGGCACUCGCUGCCCCCUUUGCUCUUGCAGAACCACCCGCUUAAAUCAGGAAAGAGCUUUGUCCACUCGCAUUAGUUUCUAGUUCCUAUUCCAAAGUUAAACUUUAAGGGUCUUGGAGAAGGUUCACUUCACAGUUUUAAGCAUUUGUAAUUGUGAGGUUCUCUGAGCUGGUUUGUAGUUGGCUGUUGAGCUCCUCGCACCCAUUUAGCUCCUAGGAGUUACUUUUAAACUAGGGUAAUGGAGGUUGGCCUCUCGGCUGGGUUUCUUCCGUGUUCUAGACUGUGUUCGGGCACUUUAUCGACCUAAAGUGAGAUGACUGACUUGAUUACUUUGGCAGUUAGAGGGCUCCAGGACACACCUAAACCUGUGGCGACGAAUGCUGUGUACCACUCAAAAACUGAAGUCGCUCGGUUCAGUUAUAUUAUGUGUCCUGGGUACAGGCGGUUUCCGGUAGUUGAGGGCGGUGUCCUCGCCUGUAACUGAUUAAUUUACCAACACGAACGUGCGGCGUUGCUGCGAAUUUGGUAGAAGACGGUUGGGGUUCUCACUCAAGCUUUAGAUCCCUCCCUGUUCGUGGUUUGUGAUUACCCCCUCCCUCACCCCUAAUUUAUGGUGUCCUUGCCCUUAACUGAUUGGUUUACCAAUGCGAACGUUCAGCGUUGCUGCGGCUUUGGUAGAAGUCUGUUGGGGUUCUCCCUCAAGCUUUAGAUUCCUGUCCAUGGCUUAUGAUUUUCUUUUUUUUUUUUCUCCCCCGUUUAAUACUUUGCUGUGCUUUAGUACCGCCGCGGUGCCGGGUUGCCGCAAAGAUUGCUCAUUUCCGCUCUGGACCAUGAAGCGAUCUAAUUCACCAAUCCAAGGAAUUAACUUCUUCCUGGUUGUCACGUCUACACUGUCUGAAGUUUGCUUUCCUGUUUACACUGUGGUCAAGCCGGCCAGAUGUUCUGAUAAGUCCAGAGCCCGCAAAUGCCUGACAUAUUCCAAAUGCUCAAGUAUUUAUUACUGAAUUAAUUUUCGUAUCAUUGCUUUUGUAAUUGCUUCCGUGGCUUGGGAGGGGGACGCGGUGUCUGUUCGAUGCAACAGAAGUGUUUGAAGAUUCUUUCUCCCAAUUCGUCCUUAUAAUUAAUGCGGUGGCUGUUCUUGGUUGUCAACUUGACUGGAAAUAACUGAAACGGAAGUGACACUACACCUGUGCGGGUUUUUUUUUUUUUUUCUGAAAUAAUUUGAAAUGAGAAGAAGCACUUUUAGUCUGAAUCUUUUGAGAUGGGAAGACCCACCUUUAGUCUGGGUCACACCUUCUGCUGGCAGCCUGUAUAAAGGACUAGAAAGAAGGAAGCUUGCUCUCUCUGGCUGGUCUCUUCCUUCAUUGGCGUUAGAGCCUACUUCUGGAUUCUGGCAUAUACUGAAGAGGAGCCAUCCAGCCUGGUGGACCCAACAGCUACUGGAUUCAUGGGCCUUCUGUUGGGAGGCUGCCACUGUUUGUUGGACUAGAUGGACCCCAGCCUGUAAGCCAUAUAUUUAUGAAAAAAGUACAUAUAUAUUUCACUCUGUAAGUUCUGUUCCUUGAGAACCCUGGUUAAUACAAUUACCUUAGUGUAAUUGAGGCAGAGCCAGAGGUGUUAAGUCUGUAUGUGUGUAUGUGUGUGUGUGUGUUUGCCAGGGGCUGGCCAUAGUAGGUUCCUUAUUUUUUUUCCAAUUUAGAGCAAACUCUUGGAUUUUCAUUAAAUUGAGGGCACUGGGCUUUGGGGAAAAGCCUCCUUCUACCUCCGCCAACAUCCCCAUUCCUAAUUCUUCUAUUCCCUACUGAGAUGAACUUUCAGUUUACACUCUUCCCUCUCUUUUACCUUUCAGAGGGUUCUGUAAGAUGGGCCCCAGAGUUACUAGUGAAACCGAUGGAAGCUAGGUGGUUGGCCCCAGGGCCAUGCCCAACACUGUUCACUUUCGUCUCUGUCUGAAGUCAGCUGCCUGCUUGCUUUUGUGAAGUUUCCCCCCACAGUCUUGAUUUUGCUGGUGAGGGCACUCGAUGCUCUCUGAUUGCUUUCUCGGUUCUGUGUUAGGCUAAGGGUUUCUGGAGCUGACUAAGGAGCUUUGUGAAUCCAGAAUGAGCUCCAGACAUUGGCAGAGAUUGACCAAGUCCUGCUUACCGCCUGAUCAUUUUUAAGUGCGCAGACGCUGUUAUUAUUAAAUCAUAUUACCAAUUAGUUUCAAAUUUUUGUUGGAUUGUUUUAUGUGCAACCCAUUUUCUCAAAAAAUAAA